CUCUCUGUCCAUCCUCCCGCUGGUCCCGCUGCUGGCAGCCCCCUGCCCAACAUUCCGGGGCCGGGACCUGCCGGGGGUUCAUCGCCCCCAGCCCUGCGCCCCUCCUUGGGCAGCGCCACCCCUGCAAAUGGGGUCCCUGCUGCCAGUGGGGCGAGUGCCCCCGCACCCAUCCCAGGCCAGGGGGGAGCCCAGAGGGGGUCUCCCCCCACCACCCUGCAUCCAGCCGUGUCCUGCAGCCCAACCCCACCAGCUCCCAGCCCUGGGGGCAAGAAGGGGCGGCCGGGGACAAACGCUCCAGCCUCUCUCGCCGCCCGUGCAUCAUCCUCCAUGCUUCCAGCUCCACCACGACCAGCAGCGGCUGCCCCGGUCCCUCCGCCCGGCCCCACAGUCGCAGCCACGUCCCUCUAUGGGUACGGACCAAAGGAAAACGACCGCGAGUACGUGGAAAGGAGAGUGGACUUCAACUCUCCGCUUUUCAAGCCUGAGACUGGGUUCCCAUUCGGCAAAACCCUCCGUGACUCUCUCUACUUUACAGACAACGGCCAGAUCAUCUUCCCAGCCUCCGACAGCAGCAUCCCCACACACCCCAACCCGCCUCCCGGGGGGUUCAACGGCCACGAGGAGGUGCCCAUGAUCGCCGUGUUUUGGGACAACGCCGACUUCUCCAGGGGCACCGGCACCACCUUUUAUCAGGAGUUCCUCACCCUGAAUUCGGAGAAGCCGCCCUUCAUCCGCGACGUGGAGGCGAAGGUCCGGCGGUACCUGAGGUCCUCCUACUCCGCAGCCUGGACCCUGAGGAUCACCUGGGACAAGGCACCCGCCUACGGAGCACGGAGAGACAGCCGGAGGACGAACACGUUCCAGGCGGUCCUCACCACCGACGGCUUCAGGUCCUACGUGCUGCUCCUGUACCAGGACGGGGGCAUGCGGUGGGAUUACAGCCAGCUGCCGGCCGCGAACGUGCUCAUCGGCUACACCAGCGGGGAUGGCUCCUACCACAACGAUGACCUGACUCAAGGACCCCCGGCUGCCAAAUAUCGCCCUGACCAGUUCAGGGGAUACAACACAGACCUCCGUGGGCUGUGGCUGUACAAGCUGGAGAGCCACGUGGGCAUCAACUACCGCCUGAAGUGCCUGGCGUGGACGGGGCGGCAGCAGGAGCCGCGGAUGUGGAGCCAGGACCUGCCCGCCUGCCCCUGCUCCCUGCAGCAAGGGCAGCAGGACCCGCGCUUCAAGAGCAGCCGGGGAGGCUGGUGGUCUGCCCGCGUGUCCAUGCUGCACUCCGCCUCUCCCAACCGGCACGGCGCCGGCGUGCGCUGCCUGUACGACAGCCGGGGGCAGCUCGUCGAGGGGCGGCAGGAGAGGUACUGGAGGUCCUCCAGACAGGUGUCCCCAUACCGUGACCAGGAGCUGAAGCUGUACGACUGGUGCUGCAACCAGGCGGCAAGCGCCCGCCUCUGCGCCCGCUACAGCGAGAAGAGGCCGAGGAUCGGCUGUGACGGAUACCAGGCACUUGGCACGGCAGAUUCCUCGGAAGACAGCGACUCAGAGGAGCAGAGAGAUGAGGAGGACGAGUAAUGGGGGAUGCACAUCCACAGCACGGUCUGGACCACGGCUGAUCCUCCGAGUCCUUCCCUCCUGAUCACACCCAGCCAACCUGCGUGUCCCCCUGCGUGUCCCCGCUCCCCCCAGUGAUGGUCACCCCGUGCCGGUGGUUCCCUUCACCGUAGCAGUUCUCGUUUCCCCCCAGGCUGCCACCUCCUCGCUGGUGGCAGGGGGACAGGCAGUGCCACCGUGUCCCUUGUCCCUGCUCCCCUGCCUGGGGCUGGCAGGGCGAGGGCUGCUGGUGGCGGGGUUUGGGUCGCCUUGCAUGGGGACCACCCCCACGGUCGGAAAUGUUGGGAGAAAAAUAAUGUUUUGUGAGUGUGAGAGAGCAUCUGCACUUCUGAAACCACAAGUAGUCCUCGUCAAAUCUAGUCUCUUAAUAAAGCGUUGGAGGGUCUCA